AUGGAUUCUGAAAGUCGGAGCGAGUCGGCUUUGAACAGUCCAACUGAGCCAGACGUAUCACUUGCUGCCUCCCUUACUGACCCUUUGGAAGCUCCUACCUUAGAAGAGGCUCGCAGAACUAUAAGGGAUUUACGCAUGAAAUAUCGUGCUCAAGCGCAUCAACUUAUGACAUGGCGUCGUGCGCACCGAACCCAGGAAGAGCUUUUAACCCGUUUGCAGCAAGAAAAAGCCGAACAGUUGAAAACAUUAUCGAGUCAACUUUUGCUUUUCGAGUCAAGAUUAGUCCGAAAACAGAAAGAGAUUACUAACAUGCUUGCAUUAAGAGAAACAAUAAUAAUAAAACAGCAGAAAGUUAUAGAAACAUUGCAAUCAAAGCUACAUGAAAAUGGUAUUGAAUUAGCACAACAGAUUCCUGACUUUAGAGAUAUGCUUCAAGACACACAUAUCACUGGCGAUUUUGAUUCUCUUAACGACUCGGACUCUGCCGUUAUCAUGGAAGAUAUUGAUUCUGAUUGCAGCAAUCUUCCGCUUGUGCCGAGAUUCAGAUCAACAAAUCCUGAUAGUGUCACUGUAGUGCGUUCCAUUUCCGAUGCUAUAGAUCCAAAUGUAAAGUAUAGUGUUGUUAGGCGAUCUAAUGGUUUUCUACGGAGACCGGAGAUUCUUGAGACCGUAUAUAGCGUGGAAGAAGAAGCUGAUGGGGAUUCUACGAAAGGCUUAAGCGCACAGAAUAGCACCGAAAAAGAAUCGAAGGAUAUAAACAAAACAGAUGAACAGAAAUAUAAUGAAACCAGUCUACUUGCUCAAAGACGAGAUAAUUUUCGGAUGCGGAGUUUGGUUCUAACCGCUGAAGUUAAAAGUAUAGAUUCAGAUAAAGAAAUGUCUAAGCCCAAAACAAAAGAUGUCUGGUCGUACAGCUAUGUGCCAAAAAGAAUGAUGCCAGCAAAUGACUCGGAUGAGGAAGUUACAUCGAAUGCUGAUAGCGAUGAAGGUGACCCUGAGCCCAAAUCGACUCAUGUCGUUACCUACAAUAGAGUUAUGUCUAACCACAGGAAUGUAACAAAACCAAAAGAUGUUAAAUACAAGAGAAUCAACAAGGCGAAAUCAAAAAGCUUGGAGGAAUUGAGAGGAAGACUAAAAAAUUGGGUGGAAAAAGGGAACAAAUUGCCAGGAAUUCCUUUAGAGCACGCUCAAAGCUAUGCUUGA